CGGCAUCACCACCACCACCACGGUCGCCUGAAUUAGUCUUUCGUCUCAGCCCCCGCCUCCGUUGUUGGCGACUGUUCUUUCAUAAUCGUCAGGAUGAUGAGCUUCGAUGGUGGCACAGCUUACGCCGAGUCCGACGCCGACGACGAAUACGAGCGAAGCAUGGGCGACCACUCUCCUAUCACCAACUCUGAGGCUUCCCCCAUAGACUCCGAGCUCUCGACCUCUGCAGAGCAUACUCCUACUACAUACGGGCACCGCAGCAGUGCCGACCGUCUCCCAGAAACCAUCAUCACCGAAUGGACCGUUGAGGAAUGUGCUGAUUUUAUUGGCACCAUUGGUCUUCAACAGUAUGCCGAUCGCUUUAUAGAAAACGAGAUUGUUGGCGAGGCCCUGGUAGCGUUACAGCAUGAUGAUCUCAAGAGCAUGGGCAUUGCUAGCGUGGGACAUCGCCUAACGAUCCUCAAAAGCGUAUAUGAUGUCAAAAGGGCUCAAGAUGUCCCCAUUGAGAGCGACCAUUACCUACCCCUAUCCGCCGACGCCGAAGCGCAAUAUGCUACCGCAACUAUCAAGGACAUCAAACAUCUUGUCGAACAAUUCCGUCUCCGCGAUGAACGCAUGAACCUACUCGAACAGGAUCUGCGACGAAUGACAGAAGAUUUCAGACGAUUGCGAGAGGAUAUGCUCCCGGCCUUGCGCUUGGUCAAGGAUGCGCAGCAGCCGUUGCCCAACCUGAGUGGUAACAGCCAGCAGGCCUACGGCUACGAAACAACCAUAUCGCCCCCCGCACCAACACCACCCCCAGGCUCGAGUCAAUCUGGAAGCUCAGUCAAGCGACAAUAUUCUACCCGCAAGAUUCUCAUCGGAGCUACACCAAAGAAUGCAUCACCCACUCAAUCUACGCACGAGAGGUCAAUAGCGGAGACUGCGUUGGACCCCGCAAGUGCUGCAGAGCGAGCUGUCCUAUCGUCUUCCCAUCUUGCAGCUAUGAACGGAGGUGGCCAGGGCUCGUCCUCCCCUUCGUAUCCCUCACCCAACAUACCCUCCCCGACAUCUCCUCAGACCCACAUGUCCGCUACGACCCUCGCCUCUCGAUCCUACCGCAGUGAAGCACCGACACCCUCCACACGAACCACCUUCAACGACGAAGGUCACACCAACGCAGUCUAUGCCUCCCGCGAAAAGGCACCGCAAGGGCCGCCCCGCCGACGAGAAACCCCUGUACCUGAUACACCCAGUCAGAGCAAUGCUUCAGUCGAGAUCUUCAAAUCUUUCCGUGUCAGUAUGGAAGACCCCUGCUACAAGGUUCUUCCUGCUGCGCUGAAAAAGUACCAGAUCAACGCUCCGUGGGACCAGUAUGCUCUCUAUAUUGUGUACGGCGAUCAGGAACGUUGUCUGGGCCUUGAGGAGAAGCCAUUGAUUCUGUUUAAGCAACUGGAUAAGGAAGGCAAAAAACCCAUGUUUAUGCUACGAAAGACAACAACAGCACCUUUAGAUGGAGAACCAGGAAGCGCUGGGCUGGGCAGCACCUCAAGAGGGGCACCAACAGGCUACGAUCCCCCAGGAGGAAUCAUCUAAACUCUACUCAGAAUCGGUGCCUCAUGGUGGAGUUUCCCAACGAUCCAAGCACAGAGUAUCGGACGGCGCCUACCGAAACCCGAGUCCAUUCGAGUGGUGAGCACGAGACGCAUUCUGUACGUCAGACAUGCAGGGUCGGCACAAACCACCACCUACAAGGCCGUACGAUGCUGGACCAAGGUCUAGAUGCGUUUCUUGGAAGUGGGACAAGGCAAGAGUCGGCAAACCUGUAGAGGUGUCUGCAUGACGUUUGGUGAUGUUUGUUUCAGUGGGUCAGCGUUUCUGAGCUGAGGUGGUGAACCUGAAACACCAGCCAUGGGC